UAAAAAUAAUAAUAAUAAUUGUAUAUAUGCAAAUGAGCACGAGCGUUGCAACGUAACCGUUGAAGGCGUGACGUCAGUUUCUUGGCUGCGACGGCUACACAACGUGUUUUUUUCUCUAACCGGAUCCAAUCGAGUUUCGACCGAACCUGGAAAUCUAACUCUAGUAAACAGCAUGGAGGAAAAUGGAGUUGUUCCUGAUGUUCUCGACACCGCCCCACGUUAUAUAGCCGAGAUCAAAUAUGAAGGAGGUGAAACUGUUAAUUUAGGCAAUGAGCUGACCCCCACUCAAGUUAAAGAUCCACCAACAUACAUAAAUUAUCCAACAGAACCUGAUGUUCUAUACACUCUUUGUCUGACAGAUCCAGAUGCACCAAGCCGACAGAAUCCAAAAUACAGAGAGUGGCAUCACUGGCUAGUGGUAAACAUACCAGGAACAGAUGUCUCUAAAGGGGAAGUUCUGUCAGAAUAUGUUGGAUCUGGUCCUCCGAAAGGAACAGGUCUUCAUCGUUAUGUCUAUGUAGUCUACAAACAACCAAAUACCCUGCAGCCAGACGAGAAACGUCUCACCAAUCGAUCUGGCAACCACCGCGGAAACUUUAAGAUCCGUAACUUUGCGCAGAAGUACAAUCUCGGCACUCCGCACGCAGGAAACUUCUACCAGGCCCAGUGGGACGAUUACGUGCCAAAGUUGUACGAGCAACUCAGCGGCAACUAGAAAGUAAUGUUUUUUCUGAUCAUGUGAAUUAAUUUUUUUUUCCUCUAAAUAGAAAUUUACUAUUUGCUCAAUUGUAACAAAUUAAAACCUGUUGCUUUCUUUAUGACAAUCUUA